AUGAAGGUGAGGCGAAAAAAGAGAGGGGAGAGGCAACCGGUCAAGCCGGUAGGGCAAAUUGGCAAUGCAAUGGUGGGGCCACGCGCAUGUGCCGGGAUGGAACAGUUCCGGCAUAUCGGAGAGGUGGUUGGGAGUAUGAAAGCGCUAAUGGUUCUGCGCGACGAAAUUCAAAUUAACCAACGGCAAUGCUGUUUGAUCCUGGAGAUAUUCAGUUUGGCCAUGGACACGAUCGCGGAGGAGAUACGGCAGAACCUGAAGCUGGAAGAGAGAACCACCAAAUGGAAGCCUCUGGAAUUUCCUCUGAGGGAGUUGUGCAGGGUUUUCAAGGAGGGAGAGCUUUACAUAAGACAGUGUUUGGAUUCCAAAGAUUGGUUGGGGAAAGCCAUCACCCUCUCUCACCACCGAGACUGCGUGGAGUUCCACAUCCACAACCUUCUCUGCUAUUUCCCGGCGGUGAUCGAGGCGAUCGAGAUCGCAGGGGAGGUUUCAGGUUUGGAUAUGGAGGAGAAGGCAAAGAAGAAGUUGAUGCUGACUCGGAAGUAUGACGUUGAAUGGAACGACCCGGAGCUGUUCCAAAUGAGGUUCGGGAAACAGUACCUGGUGUCCCGCGGGAUUUGCAAGAAGUUGGAGAACGCAUGGAGAGAGGAUAGGUGGAGGCUCAUCGAAGCCAUCAAGGAGAAGACUCAGAAGAAAGGUGGUUCUUCUGCGUUUAAAAAGAGCGAUCAUGGCCUCGCGGAUAUGCUCGUCAAGAAACUUCUUAAUGGGUCCGAGAUCGUCCCAAUUUCGGUGCUUGUUGGGUCCAAAGAUUACCAGCUAAGGCGCAGGUUGGGCGGCAGGAAGGACUUAAAGGAAAUCCAUUGGCUGGGGCAUAGUUUCGCGUUGAGGAACUUUCAAGGGAAGAGAGAAGCGCAUGAGGCUGAGGUUUCCUCUCUGCUCUCGCUUUCGCAUCCCAAUAUAUUGCAAUACCUGUGCGGGUUUUACGACGAGGAGAAGCAAGAGUUUUCUCUUGUGAUGGAGUUGAUGAGCAAGGACUUGAGGACUUAUAUGAAAGAGAAUUGUGGUCCCAGGAGGCAGAUUAUGUUCUCUGUCCCUGUUGUCGUCGAUCUCAUGCUUCAGAUGGCCAGAGGCAUGGAGUACCUGCAUUCCAAAAACAUUUGUCAUGGACACCUUAACCCUUGUAAUAUUUUGCUCAAGCCAAGGAACUCCCAAGAGGGUUAUUUUCAGGCAAAGGUUUCAGGGUUUGCCUUGUCUUCUGUGAACAGUAGUAGUGGUGAUGCUAGUGAGGACUUCAACCCUUUAACUUGGCAUGCUCCUGAAGUUCUAACAGAGUUGGAACGAACGCAGAAUGGUUGUGCUUCUACUUCGGCGAAAGCUGAUGCCUACAGCUUUGGAAUGAUAUGUUUCGAGUUGUUGACGGGGAAAGUUCCAUUUGAAGAUAACCACCUUCAAGGAGACAGAAUGAGCCAAAACAUUAAGGUGGGAGAGAGACCGUUGUUUCCUUACCGUUCCCCGAAAUACCUUGUGAGUUUGAUCAAGAAGUGCUGGCAAACUGACCCUGCUCAGCGUCCCAGCUUCUCCUCCAUCUGUAGGAUUUUGAGGUACACCAAAAAGUUCCUUUCCAUGAACUCAGAGUCCCAAGCCACCAACCCUGAGCUCAACGUUCUUGAGGUUCCGCCUGUGGAUUGCUGCGAGAUAGAGACAAUGUUCCUAAAGAGAUCUUCAACCCUGAGGGCAUCUGGUGUGUCCGCCGUGUCGCAUAUACCGUAUGAAAUGUUUGCUUACAAGGUUGCGGAGAAUCAGAAACUGAAUCCGAACAACCGCAGUACUAAAGAUGAGUGCUGCGAGCACCACCGAAAGGAUGGCUGUAGGAGUGGAAGUGACUACCCAAGUGCAGUGUUUGAUGAUAAUAAUGCAUCCAUAGUGGAAGAUCCGCUCCCUCAAAUAACCUAUCCUACUCCAGUCUCUGGUGACGCACAGCCCGUUUCCCCUGAAGCCCCAAACAAGAAAACUGUUAGAAUACAGAAUCCAACACAUGUAGAGGCAAAGAAUGACCAAGGAACGCCAAAAUUGCGGGCGACAAAAUCAUUACCACCAUCUUUAUCCAAACCAGUUUCAAGGACGACAAAGGUGAAUACGUCAUCAGUGGCACCAAGCAGUCUGAGCCCCGGUAAAAGACGACCUCCCAUGGGGUCUGAAUCGGAUCGCAACUCCAAAGGGAAUCAAUCAACAAUAACAUCAGUGCCCAUUCCUUCAAGCUCACUGAGGAGGAAAAACCAUGAGGCCAAUUUGACGGAUUCUAAGGCCAGUUUAAGGUUGAAAAAAAGGGAGCAGACACCAUUAUUUAGAUAUGACAGCAUGACAGAGAGUUCAAGAAAGAAGAAGUCACAAACGCCGUUGAACCAAUCUUUCAGCCUGGGAAGAUUAAGACGUGCCAACACGGAGAUCAAUCUGAAGGGGCUCACGCGAACCCAAGCAUUGAGCACUUCAAGAACAUCCACAAGGAGCAGAAAAAGAGAUAAUGUCUCAGAUUUUGACAACGGUUCAAGGAAGACAGCAGGUAGGGUUUCACCGUUGGCAUUGAGUCCCCUAAGCCGCCAUUUGAGAAGAAAAAGCGGUGAUCUCUCUGACUCCGAAAGCAGUUUUGUGAAGAAAAGAGGAAGCCUGUCACCGUUGGCAUCGAGCCCUUUGGCUCCGUAUGAGAGUACGACUUGUGGCCAUGCCUCAGAUUAA